UACUUCUUGAUUCUUGUAUGAUUCCUGUCUAAACCUUCACACAAAGAUUCUUAGCAAGGACUAAUUACUGCCCAAAUCUCUCUCUCUCUCUCUCUCUCUCUCUCUCUCUCUCUGUAUACAACUUUGUAGUGUCUUCAUUUCAGCCCUGUAAACUCUGCUACUAUAUUAGUAUCUAUUUCAAAUCACAGGUGCACGAUCUUAGUUGGUUUUAUUCUAUGGCAAUAAAGACAAAAGGGUUGGAAGAAGGUUAUCUGCCAGAAGAACUGAAGAAGGUAUUGUCCUUAGUGGCUGGAGAAUGGGAAGAUGUGAUUGAUUUUAACUUGUUGAAAGUGAUCCAUCUUAGUGGUGCUAUGACUAAUGAAGUCUAUCGAAUAACUUGGCCUACAACCACGGAUGAUGUUGAGCGAAACGUUUUACUAAGGAUCUAUGGUGAAGGUGUUGAUGUUUUCUUUGACCGCGAUGAGGAAAUUCAGACUUUUGAUUGCAUGUCGAAGCAUGGACAUGGUCCUCGUCUUCUAGGACAGUUUCCAGAAGGGAGAGUGGAGGAGUUCAUUCAUGCUAAGACAUUAUCAGCUAGUGAUCUUCGAGAUCCUGAAACCUCUGCUCUGAUUGCAGCUAAACUGCGGGAAUUUCAUACUCUAAAUAUGCCUGGUUCUAAGGAUGUGAUUCUUUGGGACAGAAUGAGAAACUGGCUUACUAAGGCCAGAAAAUUGUGCUCUGAUGAAUGUGCAAAAGAGUUUCACCUGGACACAUUAGCGGAUGAAAUUGAUAUAGUAGAAAAGGAACUGUCACAGAGCCCUCAGGGUGUUGUGUUUUGUCACAAUGACUUGCAGUAUGGGAACAUUAUGAUUGAUGAAAAGACAAGAUCGAUUACUAUAAUUGAUUAUGAGUAUGCCAGUUACAAUCCUGCUGCUUACGACCUUGCAAAUCACUUCUGUGAAAUGGCAGCUGAUUACCACUCUGAGACACCACAUAUUUUAGACUAUAAUGUCUACCCAGGUCUGGAGGAGCGUGAAAGAUUUGUACUCUCAUAUCUGAGUUCUACUGGGAAUGAACCAAGUGAGACUGAAGUAAAGAAGCUUGUCAAUGAUGUAGAGAAGUACACCUUAGCAAACCAUUUGUUCUGGGGCAUAUGGGGGAUCAUCUCGGCGUAUGUGAAUACUAUAGAUUUUGAUUACAUUGAUUAUGCAAGGCAGAGGUUUGAACAGUACUGGUUGAGAAAGCCGCAACUCUUGCCCUUAGCUACCAAAGCAAUCUCUACCGAUGUUGAUGAUGGUUCUGCAGAUUUUACUCCAUGAAGUGUGUAUUUUUUUCAUACGAUAAUGUAUAUGGGUGUUAUAUUACAAAAUAAACAAUCUUGCUAUCAGAUGAUCCUUGGCCGAGUGUUCUGCUCUCUUCUGUCAUUUUGCAGCGAUGUUUGUUGCUUAACUCGAAUGUAAGAAUGUAAUCAGAAAAGGGGAUUCACAAGUGGAUACAGAAAACUCUUGUGUAUAAUGUGUAAAAUGAGUAUAUUAAAUGUGAAUAUUGUGAAA